AUGGUCUAUAUGACAGCUGAGACCGUUGGAAAGGCUCUGAUAUCGUGGAUAUCCAGAUUUGGAUGUCCAACAGAUAUCGUAAAUGAUCGCGGCCGACAGUUUGAAUGCACCAUUUUUCAUUAUUUAGGAAAAAUGAUUGGAUUCAAACAUCGAAAAACUACCGCGUAUCACCCAGCGUGUAACGGUAUGGUGGAACGGUUUCACCGGCAGCUAAAGGCUGCAAUAAUGUGUCACGCAGAUAGCAACUGGGUAGACACAUUACCUUUAGUCCUGUGGGGUAUUAGGUCCUCUUAUAAAGAAGAGUUCAAAGCUUCAUCGGCAGAGUUGGUAUACGGAGAGCCCUUACGUCUUCCAGGGCAAUUUUUCCAACCGGUUGCUCUGGAUAACACCGAAGUAUCAGAUUUUACCACUCGCCUUCGACAGCUCACCCAGAAGCUAUCACCGACACCUGCCACACGUCACAGUAUAAACAACAUCUUUAUACAUAAAGAUUUAAAAACUUCAACGCACGUAUUUUUGCGAGAGGAUGCCUUAAGAGGUACAUUGCAACCUCCAUAUUCUGGCCCUUACGAAGUGGUCGAACACGGGGAUAAAACAUUUAAAAUAUGGGUAAAAGGGAAAGCUGUAACAGUAUCGGUAGACCGUCUUAAACCAGCCUAUAUACUGACAGACCCCUCACCUAAUUCCAUCCCUACUUUUUAUCCUCAACCUUUCCCUAAAGGGACAACUGUCCCUAAACCGUCAGAAUUAACCGAUCCAGCACCAACACCUGUCAAGGAAAACGUAAAACGUACGCGCUUGGGGCGCUUUGUACGUUUCCCUGAUUUUUAUCGCCCGUAG